GCUCUGUUUGGGAUUAUACGGUCAGCAGGUUCAUAAGUAGACAUCGACGUUGAAUUAUUUGAUGGCUACUGCUUCUAAAACAGAAAGUAGACUUGUUACAGAGCAAAAUAUUUUCAAUUAUUGCAUCUCUGGUGAUUUGAAAUCAUUAAAAGAAUGUGCACGUUCUGUUGGUCAAGUAGUUCAUAAAAAUUCGCUUGAUGGUCAAACUUGUCUCAUUGUAGCAUGUAGAAAUGGACAUUUAGAUGUUGCCGAAUACUUAAUCGACUUUCAUGGGGCAGAUGUUGAACAAGUUGGUGUUGUAGAAUUUGAAGGAGAACAAGUAGAAGGUGUACCUCCAUUAUGGUGUGCUUCAGCAGCUGGACAUUUGAAAUUAGUUGAAUUGUUAAUUAGUCGUGGUGCAGACGUUAAUCGAACAACAAUUACUAAUUCAACAGCUCUUCGUGCUGCUUGCUUUGAUGGACAUGAACAAGUUGUUCGAUAUCUUGUUGAACAUGGAGCCAAUAUUGAAAAUCCAAAUCGCCACGGACAUACUUGUCUCAUGAUUAGUUGUUAUCGUCGUCAUGAUAGUAUUGUAGAAUAUUUACUUAGUAAAAAUGCUCGAGUUAAUCGAAGAAGUGCUAAAGGUAACACUGCAUUACAUGAUUGUACAGAAAGUGGCAAUUUAAAAUGUUUACAAUUAUUAUUAAAUCAUCGAGCUAUUAUGCGUAAAGAUGAAUAUGGUCAAUUACCAAUUAUGUCUGGUGCAAAUGCAGCUUAUAAAAAAAUUGUAGAUUAUUUGGCUACUGUUGAAAUUCCUGAUUCAACACAAACAAUAAGUGUUAGUGAAAAAGCUGCUGCAUAUGAUCUACUUGGUGCUAGUCUAUUCGAUCGACAUUCUUUAAUUCAAGACGCUAUAGCUGCUUGGUAUCAUGCUAUAAAUUUACGCCAAGAGUCGUCUACGUAUAAUAAUAAUAAUAAUAGUAAUAAUAAUAGUGGUAAUAAUAAAUUUAUUCCACAUCCAGUACCACAAUGCUUUUGUAUGAAUGAAUUAAUGUCAUGUGUUGAAGGGCAACCAACAAUGACAACCACCACCACCACUACUACUCCUACUACUUCAACUACUAAUUCAUCAAAUAAUUGUUGGUCAUUGAUUUCAUUAGCUGCACGUGAAGCAAUUGGAAUGGCUGAAACUAGUCGAUUUGAUGAACAACAUUAUUCGUUAACAACUAAUUGGCAACGUCAUAAAAGAUCUACAAGAAUUCAUGACAUUUUAUUAAAAAGUUAUAAUUCCACAAAAUUUCAUCAUCAUAAUUCAAUUCAUCAAUCAACUAUACAACAAAAGUCUACAAUGAAAUAUUCACAAGAUUUACAUGAAUUAUUUCAAAAAAAAUAUAGAAAAUUACAAACUGAUUUACAAAAUGCUUAUCAAUGUAAAUUUGAACAUUUAGGUCAUUCAUUAUAUCGUUCGAAUUCAUUAAAAGAUUAUACUAUUGAUGUACAUUCACCACCAUUUUGUUCAGUGUUUCUUCAAGGUUCGCAUAAUUCACGUUUAGGUUUACGUCGUAAUGGUUCUAGUGAGUAUUUUGAUCAAUCUUCUCCUACUAGUUCAAUAUUAUCACAAGGUAUUUAUAGAUCAUCACCAUCACCAACGAAUUCUUUGAAUUUUGGAACAUCCUCAUCCUCCUCUCCACCACCUCUAUCAACAACAGGAAAUCAUAGUGGCAGUUGUACUGGUGGUGUUUUCGUCCAAUCUGUUAUACCCGUCGAUCCUAUUCUAGGCUUUGAACCGAAAUGUUGUCAAAUUGCACGAUAUCGUCGAUGGCUUCUGGAGCCUGUUCAUCAAAAUUAUCAAGUCAGAUCGUCGACAACACCUAAUCAUAUUAACACUAGUAACAUAUCGCAUAAUAAUACAGAGGAUUUCACUCCAUCCAAAAUCAUAAAUCAAUGUCCUAAUUGUAAACAAAUACUUGUUUCAAUGAAUAAUUUAAGUGAAGAAAGUCUACUUUCAAAUCAAUCCACCUGUCCCAUUUGUAAGACAUCACUAAUAGUAAAUCAUUCUUCAAAUUCUUCAAAUGAAAAUCAAACAGUCCAUUCAACAAAUCAGUAUUCUAAAGUAUCUUAUCCUUACGAAUCAAAUAAUAAUGAUAAUAAUCAUAAUUAUUAUAAUAAUAAUGAAAACAAUCUUAAAUAUGUUUGUCCAGUAUGUCAUUUUGCCACUGAAAAUCAUCCGUUAAUUCGUCGAUUAAAACAAUGUGGUGAAGAAGCUUUUGGACAUGUUUGUGAAUUUCAAACACGUGAAGAUCUAGCAAGUUUAAUGUCAAAUACACAUGUUCUACGCUUACAAUCAUUGCUUAUACGCUUACGUAUAUUAGGUCCAGAUCAUCCAGAUACCAUUUAUUUUAUCCGUUAUCGUGGAGCAAUUUAUGCAGAUGCAGACAAUUUUCAUCAAUGUUUAAGUUUAUGGCGUUAUGCAUUAGAAUUACAACGUACAUUUGUUGAACCAUUAUGUCAUGUAUCACAAGCUGCAUUUGUUAGUUUUGCUGAAUUAUUUCAUUUUGUAUUAACAAAUAAUUGUAUUGGUUUACCAGCAAAAGAUUUAGAUCCAACAUUGAUUGUAGAUUGUUUAGAAUUAGCUGUAGAUAAUAUUGAACGCGGAAUGGAUUAUUCAUUUUAUCAUUGGCAUCAUCGACAUCCAUGGUCAUAUACAGCAGCGGAUAAAGAAGCGAUUAAUUUAAUGCGUCAUGUAUCAUUAUGUUUACAUUUUAUAGCAAUGAUUCUUAUUCAUUAUAUGCCAAAUUGUAAAGCUUUACCAACCAUACGUUCUAUUCGACGUCAAUUAUCUAAUUUAACACAAGUAGUUGAAGAAAAUUUCAAUGAAUUAUUACAAAAUUCUACAUUGAAUUUAUCAAAUAUUAUGCUUAAUCGACAAGAGCUAAUUAAUAAUAAUAAUAAUAAUAAUACUGAAAAUGAAUCACAAACAGAUAGUUUAUCUAAUGAUAUGAAAAAACGUAUGCCAAUUGAAUUGAAACAACGAUUUUUCCGUCAAGUUUAUAGAUUAGUCAAGUUAGAUCCUAGAGUACAUCGUGGUCAAAGUUUAAUACAUUUAGCUUGUUCACCAGAAACUUCAACUGUUGGUCGUUUUGUUAUUUGUACUUUUCCAAAUGUCAAUGUUUUAUCUUUGCUAUUUGAAUUAGGCGCCGAUGCUAAUUGUGCUGAUGUUGAUGGACAACGUCCAAUUGGUCAUGUUUUAGCACAACGUCGAUUAAAAAGUUCUGAACAUGUAUGUAUAUGAAUAUAUAUACUUAAGUGUGUGUGUGUGUGUUUGUGAGCAUUUUAUUCCACAUUGAAUUAUAUGUAAUUUUUCUGCUUUGUUUUCUACUUUUCAGGUAGGUAGUUGAAUCCAGGAAGUGUAUUUUCAUCCAUAUUUUGUAAAUAUGCUAUUUCAAUAUUCCAUCGAAGUACCUGUGCACAUAAUAGCCCAUAUAAUACGGAUUCAUUUCAUUAAAUGAAAAGGAAUCUUUGAGUCCUUGUUCAACCAUGAUUCAAAAACAUUUAAUUACAGAAGUCUAGCGUUUUUUCCUUUGAUAAAUUUAGCUAGAGUAAAAAUUUUAACAGCUGAAUUUAUGAGUCGACCUAGGCUAGACGACGAGUGAAAACUCGGGAGCACUGGAAAGCCAUUUCGUCCUAGUCUGAGACUCUGCAGUGGUGUACACUCACGAUCUCUCACGUUUGACUCAAACCCAGGGCCUUUGGUCUAGCACACGAACGUUUAACCUCUAGACCACAGAGUUGGAAUCCAGCGCUGUUAAUAUCUAAUUUCAAUUGAUUUAUGUUCUUGCGCAACCUUUUAUUCAUUGUCUAAGGUGAAUAACUGUCUCCAUUAGUCACGACUUCUCACUAGAACUCCAGGAGUUCCAUCUUGAAGUUAGUCAAUAAUGAGCACAUGAUUAUUAUCAGAAUAAGGAUUUGUGGAGAUUUUAGUAAUUUUAACAAGUGAUUUCAUGAGCCGAUCUACAGCCUUCACAAAUCUCCAUUCUGAUAAAGCGAAAAUAACAAAUGUAGCAGAAUAAGAAUUCAUUUCAAUAUCAUGGAUUCGCAUCAACUGUUACUUAUAACCUAGAGACAAUAACCUGUUUCGGUCUGUGCACCCGGGCAGUAACACAGCCCACACACAAAUCAAGUGAUUUGUGUGGCAUCCGUAUUGUGAUACCUGUAUCUGCCGCAGAUCGUAAUCCACACACAAAAGUAAAACAUCUAAACUGGUCUGGCGAUAUUUCCUGUAUUCGGAACUGCUCACAUUCCCAGUUUGCGAUGUUGACAUACGUCACUUAGUAAUCCUGUGGUCUUUUCACAAACUGAAGACACUAGUAUCUAAUGUGAAACAUUGAUGAUCGUUCCAUCAAACAUAUGUGUCAAGCACUCCGCUGUUCCCAGGAAGGUUAGGUCGGCUGGAUUCUUUGGGAGAAUAAAACUACAAAACUUUUCAUUCUCAAAAUCUGAGUUUUCAUAGUAAUAAUCUCAGUAUUCGAAGUUAUAGUAGAAUCAGAUACCUGGGUUUUUGAAGAUAUUAACAUAUUCUUGACCAACAAAUUGAUAAGAGCAUUUUUCUGUUUCAAUAAUGAUUUCAGAUUAUUCACUUUGACUGAGUAUAUGCGUGUAGGUCUGCUUCAACUACCGUCGCCACUGAAAUGACUCUCAAUUUUCUCCUUUACACCAAUGGAAGUUGCCUUAGACGAAUAUCUACACUAGAUGAUACCCUGCAGGUGUCUAUUAUAGUAAACAUCAGCACAACUAAGCUCAAGAACACGUAACUGGUCUGACUAGAACGUGAAUUGUAUUUCAAUGUCAACAACCGACAAAAGUAAUGUUGAAAAGGGGUCGGAAAAUAAAUAACACACCUAAUACCUAUCAGAUUAUCUAGUAGUCUGACUACGUAAGCAACCAGUCGUUAUUUUGUUCACCUACAUAUCAUCUUGUUAACUUAUUUCCUUAGAGACAUCGUAUUAACUAAUGUUUCUCGUAAGUGGACUAUGUGACAUAUGGAUGAUUUUUAGAGGAUUGUUGUUUCGCGUGAGAUUAUAUUCUGUGUCAUAGUCAAUUGUCUCUAAAUUGUGGAUAUACCCAGCCAAUGAGUCCCAACGACAAACAUGAAAAAGGUCUCAGUUCUUCUUUGGAUCAAUCAACUUAUUGAUCACUUGAUCAACUGAAUCUGUUCAAUACCUGUAAAUCUAACAACAUUCAACAUUGAAGUACUAUUCAAUAAUUGGCUCUCGCUUUAAAUGUAUUUAUUUAUUUUUCAUUCAUAUGUUAUCCAUUUUUUUUUGGUAGGCCUCUCUUGUUCAUACUCUGGUUAAAUGUGGUGCUCAUUUAGAUGCAACCAAUCGGAAUUCUCUAACUAUCCUCUAUAAACGUUUUCAUCAUGUACUCCUGGAAUCUCGUGUACAAAUUUUGGAUCAUGUGACUUUAGCUUGUCAUGCUGCUCGUGUAGCAAAUCAUUAUGGAUUAACUGCAUCGAAUCCAUUAGUUCAAGCUUAUUUACCGAAUAAUUUAUUAUUUUUCUUACAAAUGCAUCAGUAAACAACUAAAUGGUUAAAUGGCUUGAUGUAUUUUUUUUCUAAUUUAAUUUAAAAUCAAAAACAUUGUUUACUCGAAUUGUUUGGUUGUUUCCUACCCCACCCACAGUUUUCUCAAAGUUUAGUUCAAUCGUUAAUAAUAUUAAAAGGAACAAAAAAAACACAGUACAAAACAGCACAAUAUCCCUGUACACAACUAUUUUUUUCUUCUUUAAAUUCUUAUAGUUUUAAUCUCUUUAUAUGAGUUGUUUAUUCCCACCCCACCCCAUCUCUCUCUCUUCGUUACCCCCCAUCCACCCACCCAGAAACACAUAUACCCAUUGCGCCAACAUAUUACUAUCAUAUAUAAAUGUAUUUUGUUUUUUAAAAAAACAAACAAACAACAAAUUGUAUAAUCUUUUAUUUUAAGUGUUUAAUUUGAUCAGAAAGAUGUUUCAUUAAUUAAUUUCAAUAAAAUACUUUUCUAUUUUAAUUGUGUGAUAUUUAUUGUUGACGUUUAUUUGUGUUUACUAUGACUAGUAUUAUGAUGAUGAUGAUGAUGAUUAUGAUUUCUUUUUUUUUCGAUUGAUUUUUCCUGUUGCUAUAUACAUACACAUUUGUUUCUGUACAGAUCUUUUUUUUUUGUUUUUUAUUUUAAAAAAAAUUAGAUGAAUGAUUGAAUCAAAUACCUUUGAUAUUGAAAACAAUAAGAGGUAAUGAGUGAGUAAAAAGUUUGUUAUUGUUUUGUUUUAUUGGUUAAUGAUUUGUAAACGUAAAAUAAAUUAUCUACUUUAUUAUUAUUGGUUUUUUUUAUGGUAUUUUCAGUAGUGGUACAACUGAGAGUAUGAAGAGUUACAUCUCUUUCUUGAAAUGGUCAUGUGCAUACAAUCACUGUUAGGAAAGUUUUUACUCAUUGCCUUUUUUCGUAUUAUGGGUGUUAUUUACGAUUUAACAAGUUUGGUGGAUAUAGGAAGAUCCACCUAGGUGAGUUGGAAAACCCUGAUUCCAAACCAUUGGUGUACAUAGACUCCAGGAUCCUUAGGGACCAAUUGUUGGUUACUGGGUACCAUGGGACUGAAUCUUCAAAUGUUGCUCCAGUGCCUUGUAGAUUAGACCUUUAGGUCGAAGGCUCUGGGUGUGCCCUCCUAAGGAAACUACCUGUUUUGAUUUGGGCACGCGGGUAGUAUCAUAUCCCACACACAAAUCGAGUGACUUGUGUGACAUAUAUGUAUUCGAUGCCCCCAGUAUUUAUGUGUUCAAAUAAAAUAAAAUAAAUGAUUGAGAUGGUAAGUAAUAUAUACUCCUCAGCAGUGCAUAUUCAUCAUUAUUAAUCCAUCGGGAUCGAACUUUGGUAGAUUUGUGGAUAUACACUGUUGAGGAGUUUCAUGCUUGAAUGAAACAACAUUCCAGUUCCUUCUGAUUUUUAAUAAUCGUCUAUUUUAAGCUAGUUCAUAAUUUCAUUAACAUUUAGCAACUUCUACAAACCCUCAUACUGAAAGUAAUAAAUGGCUGUAUAAAUAUAACAGUACUCAUUGUUAGGUGAAUAAUUUGUAAAAGGUGGAACCUUGAGAAAUAUUCUGCCCUAUUUGUAAGAUUUCACUUAAAUCAUUGACUUUUGAGUGGAACUGUAGUAUAUAGAUGAACUCUAAUGAUUAUUUUUAAAAUGAUCACACUAUUUCGACUCUAAUUUGUCGGCAAUUCGUCAGAGACUUCAUAUUUAUGAAGCUUAUUUUUUAUUCGAGUCCUAUUAGAACCUUUUCAACUUUUAUUUCAUGAUUAGAUAGUCACUUAUCACCAUGAGUAUGAAUGUAAAUUAAUUCAGGCUAGAAGUUUCUUUCUGAAUCUUUCUCAUCAUUCAAUUUAUGUGGGGGCUGUGAUACUGUUCAGGCGCCCAAAUCGAAGCAGGUGGUUUUCUUACGAGUUCACACCCAGAACCUUCGACUUAAAGGUCUGAUCCACAGGGCACUGGGGCAACGUAAGGAGUUGCAGUCCCAUGGUAGUCGGCGAUCAACAAUUGGUUCAUAUGCCAUUUGUUUCUUUAGGGUCCCGGAUCCCAUGUACACCAUCGGUUUGAAAUCAGGGUUUUCCAACAUCCCUAGGUGGAUCCUACAUAACCACCAACCCCGUUAAAGCGCCGGACAUUCGUUUUUUAUCCUCUCAUCUUCAUAAACAACCGCGGUGCGAAAAUACAGUGAACAGGACUUCUCUGGCAGUAGUUGUUUUCAAAUGGCUAUAGGAGAGCUGACUCAUCCCACUCGGUUGUACAUGGGCAUUUGGGGGCGAAACCGAACUAUAAACAAAAAGACUUCUAAAUUCAAUAUAAACAUGUUCAUAUAAAAUGAAAACUGAUUAAUUCAUGUGUUAUGUAAAAUCUUUGUGUAAAAUGUGAGUACUCUAUAGGUGUAAUAUCAUUUUUACUCUAUGAUGACAAAAGGAAUUUUGCUGAACAUUCUUGGUUUGUAUUACUAAUUAGGUGAACAUCAUAAAAUGCAUUUAUUGUUACAUGUUGUUUAUUAACCAAUACAUGACAUUAGAUUCAAACAAAUCUGAUCUUAUUUUACAGAAGUUUGUGAUUCACUAGUCUUAGCUCGUUCAGAACAUUCCACAUUUAUGGUCCUAGACUCCGUUGCAGAAGCUCAACACUUCCUUAGGAUGUCUUUGAUUCAGGCUUCUUAGCUAUCUUAUUGUUCUGUAUUUUGCUAGAAUUGUUUGUUCAGAAAAAGUCAUCCAGACGGUGAGUCGGGGAGAGGAAAUGCUAUGUUCGAAGCAAUCAUGUGUUCACCUAGUCUGCGAACAGAAUAAAGACUCUGUGACCAAAGACCAAUAAGCUAGCUAUCCUGAUGCGUCCCAGCCCCGCUAACUAGAGAGAAAAGUGGAAUUUCAAACGGGGAAAUAUAUUCCACAAGCAGCCAGAAGCACGAGCGAUCCCGACCUGUCUAGUCGGAAACACACUCAUUUAUAUAUUGGUUUGUACACCCAUUUUUUGAUUAAUAAUCCGAAUAAAUCAAAUAUAUGGAAAAAAAAUACUUCAUACAACAAUAUCAUAUGUUAUGCAGAAUAA